AUGAGCUGCCAUGAAGCACACCAAAGGGCUGCAAAAUCUGUUUGCUCUGUUUGCAAUAACAGAAGACCACAGUUUGAAAGGAACAGAAAAAAAGAGUUCUCAUAUGCUGAGUUGUGUGCAGCCACACAAGGGUUUUCCCCUAAGAACUAUAUAUCAGAAGGAGGGUUUGGUUCUGUCUAUAAAGGGGAGUUGUUGUGUGGACAAAAGAUUGCUGUCAAGCAACACACGUACGCUAACCAAAAGGGAGAGAAGGAAUUCAAGUCUGAAGUUGAUGUUCUCAGCAAAGCAAUGCAUGAGAAUGUGGUCAUGCUGUUAGGAUCAUGCGCAGAAGGGAUUCAUAGACUUCUUGUCUAUGAAUAUGUCUGCAAUGCUUCAUUGGACCAACAUUUAUCUCAACAUUGUCGUAAACUUCUUGAUUGGCCAGAUAGGGUGAAAGUAGCUGAUGGUGCUGCCAAAGGACUGCUAUACCUGCAUGAGAAUAACAUAAUACACAGAGAUAUGACAACAAACAACAUUCUUCUUACACAUGAUUAUGAUGCAAGGCUAGGCGAUUUUGGUUUGGCUAGAACUGUGACUGAAGGCUCCUCAUACUGUACAGAAUGUGUAGGGAAUCUGACUUAUAUGGCACCAGAAUAUGCAGAAUCUGGAAAAGUGUCAAUAAAAACAGAUGUGUAUUCCUUUGGGGUGGUUCUACUACAGUUAAUAACUGGAAUGAGGACCACAGACAAACGACUUGGGGGUAAAGGUCUGGUGGAAUGGGCUAGACCACUACUGAGGGAAGGAAAAUGCCAAGAUCUUAUUGAUGGGAGAAUGAUGAACUCCCAUGAUUGCCAUCAACUCUAUUGGAUGAGCCGUCUAGCCGGAAAUUGUCUUCAGAGGGAUCCCGAAAAGAGAUUGCAUAUGAGUACAGUGGUGAAGGCUUUAAAUCAGAUAGGAAAAGGUUGUAGCUGCAUUGUGAGAAAAGAUCAUACCCUUCUAAUCUCAGGCACUUCAAGGUCAAAAGAUGAUUCAGAGGAAUCUUCACAAUCAGAAGAGUGA